AUGUCGGGUAUACACAUAGACAGCAACAACGCGACAAAAACUGCAGCCCCACGUCCUGGUGCUAUCAUUGAGGUCAAGCCCGCACCUCCUAUCAAGAAAAUUGAAGAUGAACAUCGCCAGAGACGACUCUUUUUGGGGCCCAUGCCAAAUAAUGUAGCCAGUGGGGAGGUGUUUAACGAACCUGCCGCCCAAAAUCUUGGUAUAGGAAAGAAAAUAGGCCUUGGAAUCCGCAAACGAUUCUCGCUUGCGUCACAACACAGGAGGAGUCUCAGCUCGGAAGACAGCGUCAGUCGAGAACGAGCCUACCUAUACUUCAUCAGCAAUGGCGGUAGACCAGAGGAGUUUGAAAGUAAAGAAAAGAGCGUCAAGGCGGAGAUUUUGCGGCGAGUCCGCGACACCCGAUGGUUUGAGAGCGCCAGCGCCGGUGCACAGGAUCCUAACGCGGCUGCCAAGAAAUGGGUUGGGGACACUUUUGAGAUUGGAAAAGACGUACUUGGACUUUCCAUGUUGGUUCCCGAAGAGGAAGAGCCCCCCGUGAUUGGCAGGACCAGCGUAUCCGAAGGGAUUCGCGGGACGGCUACAUCACCCGAGGAGAAUGCAGUUAGCUUUUCCAAAAUACUGGGAGCUACUGUAGAAUCUAGAGGUUCAAAAACAUCGGCGUCUAAACCUGGAAGCUCCAAAGCCCCAGCCUCCACAAAGUCGGGAGAAGGAGACGAGCAUAGAGAGACCCCAAUCUCUCACGGAACUCCGGAUAGUCCAGAUUUUGUAUCCAAUGAAGCGGUUGCAGAAAGCUCAAAGACGCGACUACUAUCGCCGUCCCCUCUACCAGCCAGUUCAUCAUCUGUCAGCCUUUCUCGUCCUGGUGCACUCGACCCAUCUCGGCGCCAAGAUAAGGUCUCAGAAUCAACAUCACGACGAGAGAUCACUAGCAUUACUCCUUCGAGUAAGAAGGGUUCAGAGUCGCCAAAGAUCGAGGCCUUGUCACCAACAGAGGUAUUAACCCGAGAGCCAUCUCCGACAACGAGUGCCGGUGCUGUUGCUCGUAUGCAAGAGGAGCUACUCCCAGACGAUGAGUCCGGGAUCUUAAUGCGAGUGCUCUCAACACCAAGUGCUAUACAAAAAUACCUAGACGAACAACAACUACUGGAAAUGCCUGAAACCAGAAGGGACAGAAACACGAUGUGGCGAGAGUAUUUGGUCGUCUGGAAAAACCGAUGCAUCGAGCUCUACGAACCCUAUGCAA